UCAAAACCCUCACAUCCAUCACAUUCUGCUACAGCACACUAGGCCAUCAAUCACGAAUACUGAAUCGAAAAUGUGCCUAGCAUCGACCGCCAACUCUGCAGAGUACCAUUGGUAGCGAGAAUGCCCUCGGUGAGAGACAAAGCGAGUCAAUUCUCCUUCCUUCGGCAUCGAAACAUCCUAUCUCCAUCUCUCCCCAAGAAGUCACGACGCCCGGGGUCCUUUUCCACCUGGAUAAAGGCUCCUCACCGUUUCGAUAUCCUUCUCAAGAACCGUCGUCUGGGCUGCCCGGGAUCGGAUAUGCCUCGGGACGGGAAAGAGCAGGUCUUCGUCACAAGAGAAAAAGCCUCCCCUACAUUAAGCAACUCCAAUUUACCAGAUAACACACCCAAGAAUCCUCCUCCUGGCGACUCCAGUCAACCAGGGUCAAACAGGGACGCGGAGGACCGCGGCCAGAACCGUGGAGGUUCUUCAGCCUCUAGACGCCAAUCUCAGAUCACGAACUACAAUACCGAAAACCUCAACGUGUCUCACUCGCGUGACCAGCCAAGGCAAGCCGCCGAUUCAAACCCAUCCGACGUGAAGCUUUCGGCACCGUCGGCGGCCUACCUGGACUACCAAAUCAACCAGCAAUUGCGUUAUCGCAAGAAGCGCAUCGUCGAGUCGUUAAUGGCUGCGAUUGUAGAAUGCAUUGAGAAGAAGCUGGAAGCACUUGAAGAUGGUUGUGCCGAUGGAUCCUCAUCGUCGCAACCAUCUUCAGGUGAUUUCAGAUCAGGCAAGAUGGGAUCCCAGUGGGCUGGGCAGAAGAGACAUCACCGCCUAGAUGAUGAGGGUGAGGAAGACGGCGACGAGGGCGACGACAACCGCUCGAGGAAAGACAGGAACAAAAAGGCAAAGAUGAUCAACGACGACACUCGUCUCAGAUUUGCUUGCCCGUACUACAAGCAUGACCCGCAGCGGUUCAAAGACCAUCGAACAUGUCUAGGUCCAGGAUGGCCAGAUGUACACAGGGUGAAGGAACACCUUAGACGAAGCCAUUGCCUCCCACCACACCAAUGUAAUCGAUGCUUCGAGUAUUUCGACCAAGAAGAUGAGCUCAAGAAACACCAACGCCAGCCCAAGCCGUGUCCAGUUCAAGACCCGGCUAGCAUUCGCCGGGACCUCGCUGAUGGAUACGACACAGAGCAAGGAAAGCAAUUGCAAAAGCGUAUCAAGAAGAUACCGGAGGAAAAGUGGAAGGACUGGUACUGUAUUUUGUUUGAGGUAGACCCAACAUCAGACAUCCCUUCUCCUUACCAUGACAUCACCUAUCAGAAUGGUGGACCGUCGGCUUCCCAGGCCAGCACUAUCCAAGAAUACCGGGAGUUCUACAUGUCGCGAGUGACGCCAGUGAUUCGAUAUCACGUUGAACAGGAAGUAGAUAAAGUGAUACUCGCCAUCGAAGACAACAUCAAGUCGAACGUCAUAGACGUGAUCCGAGACUUGCCGCGCCGAAUCAUGGAAUCUAUCCCGCCUCCAAGCCAUCUUUCAGAAGACCAAGGCUAUGAAAACCUCCUUACCCUGGACGGAAUCGCUUUCGGAAUAGAAGACGGUUACUACUUCGACGACAUGAGCGGGCCAGAUUUUCUAGCAGCGUCGGAGUCAUCAGGAUCGUCGGAUUGGUCUGAUCCAGCCAUGCCCAGUUCGGCAACAUCAGUCCAGGAUGACGGGGUUGCGUUUUGUCUGGGAGUAUGACCCAUGGCGGCGUCAAACUUGAGUUCAGAAAACUUGGAAGGUAUUCUUUUUGGAACUGAUGGAGCGCUCUCUGAUCUAGGAUUUGCUCAUGUCACUCCC